AUGGCGGAGGAGAACGCCAAUGUCGACGGAUUAGGAAAGAAGGAAAAGCCAGAGAAAAACGCUUCUUCACUCAAUGAUAAAAACGCUGAAAUAGAAGGAGAAAAAAAGAAACACAAGCAUGAUAAAUCAGAUAAAUCAGACAAAAAAGACAAGCAUAAACAUAAACGCUCAGAUAAAAGUGGCGAUGACAGAAAGGAAGAAAAGGAGGAAAAGAAACAUAAGCAUAGGGACAAAAGUGAAAAUGCAGAAAAUACUGAAUCUCCGGAAAAAUCUUCAAAGAGCAAAAAGCACGAUAAAAGCAAGGAUAAAUCUGAUGACGGCAAAGAAAAGAGAAAGCAUAAGCACGAUAAAGACAAAGAUGAAGAAGAAAAGAAGAUAGAUAGAAGAUCUAGACAUCAUACAGUUAGAGAAAAUCCAAAGAUGGAAGCUCCAGUACUCGAAGAGAAAAAGAGAAAGAGAAGAAAUUCAGGUGGCGAACCAAUACCAUUAAUAGAUGACGUCAAAUCUGACAGGAAAUCGAGAAAAGAAGAGAAGAAGAAGGAUAAAUCAGAUAAAGAAGACAGAAAGAAAGAGAAAAAAGAGAAGAAAUCAGAUGCAUCUGAGAAGGAAGAAAAGAAGAAAGAGCACAAGCAUAGACAUGAUAAGGAUAAGGAUAGGUUUGAUAAAUCAGAUAAGGAAGAGCGAAAGAAAGAAAAGAAGAAGAAGAAGGAAAGAAGCAAAGAGAAAGAAGAGAAGAAAUCCGACUCAGUUAAAGAAAGGUCAGUUGAAAUUGAAGUUCCUGUAGAAGAGCCACCUAAAGAAGUAGAGAAGCCGAAGAAGGAAGAAAAACCGAAGAAGGAAGAAAAGCCAAAGGAAGAAGAAAAGCCAAAGGCUGCAAGUGGAAUUGCAGCUAAAAUGGCCGCAAUCCAAGCUGCUCAGCAGGCUGCAAACGAAAAACCAAAGCCAAAGGAAGAAGAAAAGCCAAAGGCUUCUGGUGGAAUUGCAGCAAAGAUGGCAGCUAUUCAGGCAGCAAAACAAGCAGCGAACGAAAAAACACAGAAGCAAGAAGAAGAAAAGCCAAAGGCUGCAAGUGGAAUUGCUGCUAAAAUGGCCGCAAUCCAGGCUGCUCAACAAGCAGCAAACGAAAAACCAAAGCCAAAGGAAGAAGAAAAACCAAAGGCUUCUGGUGGAAUUGCAGCAAAGAUGGCAGCUAUUCAGGCAGCAAAACAAGCAGCAAACGAAAAGCAACAGAAGCAUGAAGAGGAAAAGCCAAAGGAAGAAGAAGAGAAACCUAAGGAAGAAGAAAAGCCAAAGGCUUCUGGAGGCAUUGCAGCUAAAAUGGCAGCUAUUCAGGCAGCACAACAAGCAGCGAACGAAAAACCAAAGCCAAAGGAAGAAGAAAAACCAAAGGCUUCUGGUGGAAUCGCCGCAAAGAUGGCUGCUAUCCAGGCUGCUCAACAAGCUUCAGCGGAGAAGCCGAAGCAGGAAGAAGAGAAGCCCAAGCCAGCAGGAGGCGGAAUUGCCGCUAAAAUGGCAGCAAUUCAAGCCGCCCAGCAAGCAUCAAACGAAAAGCCUAAAGAAGAAGAGAAGCCCAAGCCAGCAGGAGGCGGAGGAAUCGCUGCAAAGAUGGCCGCAAUCCAGGCUGCUCAACAGGCAUCAAACGAGAAGUCAAAGGAAGAAGAGUCACCUAAACCAAAGACAUCCAGCGGUGGAGGCAUUGCAGCUAAAAUGGCUGCUAUUCAAGCCGCCCAGCAAGCUUCGAACGAAAAACCGAAAGAAGAAGAGAAGCCAAAGACAUCUGGUGGCGGAGGAAUCGCUGCAAAGAUGGCCGCAAUUGCUGCAGCACAGCAGGCAUCAGCAGAGAAAGCACAGAAGACAGAAGAGCCUCCAAAGCCAGCUGGCGGAGGCGGACUCAAAGCUAAGAUGGCUGCGAUCGCCGCUGCACAACAAGCAUCAGCAGAGAAAGUCCAGAAGACAGAGGAACCACCGAAGCCAUCAGGCGGCGGCGGACUCAAGGCUAAAAUGGCUGCUCUCAAGGGACUUCCUAUGGGAAUGCCUAUGGGCAUGCCAAUGGGAAUGCCUAUGCCAAGGAAGGCGAAGACAUCAGAGCAACAAGUCAAGAAGUACGAGUUCCACGUAGACGAAGAAGGCUACGUAGUUCCAGACCUUCCAGAAGUCAAAUUCCCACCGAAGAAGAGAUCUCCAUCAGCGGAACCAUCAACAGCAUACAGAAAGAAGGAAUUCAAGACACAAGAAUACCACAUCCCAUUGAAAACAACACAACCAGCUCCUGCUCCUAAAGCACCAGCUAAUGAAAAGAAAAACGAAGAAGAGGAUUAUUCAUACUCUUAUUCCUACUCUUACAGCGAGGAAGAAGAGGAACAAGAAAUUGUUGCUGGAUACGACGAAAGCGAUGAUAAAAAGAAGAAGAAACCAAGGCAGCGCAAGGAAGGAGAUGUUCCUAAGAAAGGAGAAAAGGCUCAGAAGCCACAUCACGGUCAUAAGGUUGAAACACAGAUUGUUGUUCCAAGAAAGGUCUUCAAGGCCCCAAGGUUCAUUUCUACUUCUCCAACAGCCGCAUACAGAAUCAAGUUCGUUGAGAGGAAGGAAGAAACAGAGGAACAAAGAAAGGCAAGAAUUCUCGCUAAGCUAGGCUUAGGAGGAGCUCCUUCAGCACCUGGAAUGCCUGCACAUGCUGCUGCUCCGCAGGCUGAGAAAGAAGAGGAAGUCGUCGCUGCUCCUGAUACAGCAGUAAGAAGAGUCGCAAGAGGUCGCGGCGGAAGACGUGCACCUUCAAGACAGAGAAGGGCUGCUGAAGAUGAGUCGGAUUAA